UGGACACCAAAUGAUAAAGACAAUCCCCCAAAUUUGGGAGAUUCAUGACCAGAAGCAAACAGUACCAUCAUGGGAUGCGGCACUUCCAUUGCCAUUGAGAACCAAACACGACCCUCAGAAACAGCCAUAAAAGCUGCCAUACUGAUCCAGCGUUGGUACAGACGCUAUGUUGCUCACCUGGAGAUGCGAAGACGCUACACGUGGAACAUCUUUCAGUCCAUUGAGUAUGCAGGAGAACAGGACCAGCUACAGCUCUCAAGUUUCUUCACUUUCAUGUUGGACAACUUCACUCAGAUGAAUGGGAAUGGACCAGACUUGAUCUCUCACCUGCUGGACUCUGUGGUUGAUCCUCUGACAGAGGAGGUCAGGCAGCUGAAGUACGAGCAGAUUAUGGUGCCGGAGUCGUACAGCGGCCCUCGUCUCUCCUUCCCACUGAGCGUGACUGAUACCAAUGCCCUGCUCAGUGCCUUUAAAGAGGAGCAGACUCUUCAUGGGAAAUAUGUCCUGCAGUUACUGUAUGAAACCAAGAAGUUCUUGAAACAGAUGCCAAACGUCAUUUAUCUGUCAACGUCCUAUGCCAAAGAGAUAACGAUCUGUGGCGAUCUGCAUGGAAGGCUGGAUGACUUGCUGCUUAUAUUUUACAAGAACGGUCUGCCCUCUGCGGAAAACCCCUACAUAUUCAAUGGCGACUUUGUGGAUCGAGGAAAGAAAUCUACAGAGAUUAUCAUCAUUCUCUUUGCCUUCGUUUUGCUCUACCCUGACCACAUGCAUCUGAACAGGGGAAACCACGAGGACCACAUCAUGAACCUCAGAUAUGGAUUCACCAGAGAAGUCAUGCAGAAGUAUAAGACACAUGGCAGGGAAAUCCUGCAGCUCCUUCAGGAUGUGUUCAGUCUUCUUCCUGUUGCAACUGUCAUCGACAACAAAGUUCUUAUUGUUCAUGGUGGCAUAUCGGACAAAACUGAUCUGGACUUUCUGAGCACUGUUGAAAGGCAUAAAGUGAAGUCAGCUCUCCGUUUGCCGAAGCGCAGCACUGAUCAUCUGACGGUGCGCUCGUGCAGUCGCAGCAGCAGCAGAAACAGGGGCAGAAACAGCAGAUCCUCCAGCCGACACUCGUCCCGCAGCAGGAGGAAGAACCUUAGCAAGCAGGGCAGCCGCUCCUCCUCUUCAUCCUCCUCCUCAUCCUCUUCUUCCUCCAUGUGUUCGCCGCGGGUUUCAGCCAGAAACACUCCACGACGCCCUCCACCAAGCCCCACAGAUAUGCUCCAGGUGCCCUUUCUGGACUCAUUCGUGUCCCUUGAGCCUCCAGAGCCGCCCAGAGAAGAGCUGGAGUGGCAGCAGGUUGUGGAUAUCCUGUGGAGUGACCCUAAACACCAGAAUGGCUGCAGUCCCAACUCUUUUCGUGGUGGAGGUUGUUACUUUGGGCCUGACGUGACCCAGACGCUGCUGCAGAAACACGGCCUCUGUCUGCUCAUCAGAUCACACGAGUGCAAACAGGAGGGCUACGAGCUCUGUCAUAAUGGACAGGUUAUCACAAUUUUCUCUGCAUCAAACUACUAUGAAGAGGGCAGUAACCGCGGGGCUUAUGUCAAACUGGGGCCUGAACUUGUCCCUCGCUUCUUCCAGUAUCAAGUCAGUCGAAGCACCAGAAAACUCACCCUCCAUCAGAGGGUUCGUGUAGCUGAAGGUUCGGCACUCAGGGCUCUGAAAGAGAAACUUUAUGCUCAUCGCUCUGAACUCAUGGCUGCCUUUCAACAGUAUGACAUCGACAACACAGGCCGUAUCUCCACUAGUGAGUGGGCACAGGUGGUGGAGUCUGUUCUGCGUUUGGAUCUGCCAUGGAGAACCCUGCGCCCACGCCUGGCCCGUCUUGGCACAGAUGGCAAUGUGGAGUACGAAUCCUGUUUUGAGGACAUCAGUCCAGGAGAGCCCAUCCCUCCAGUGACUCCAAACUUGGCUGAAACUCUUUAUAGAUAUAGAACUGACCUGGAGAUCAUAUUCAACAUCAUCGAUAAGGAUCACUCAGGUCAGAUCUCCAUCGAGGAGUUUCGUCAGACCUGGAAGCUCUUCAGCUCUCAUUUAGGGGUGGCUGUGAAUGACCAGACUAUAGACGACAUGGCUCGAAGCAUAGACUUCAACAAAGACGGCAGCAUAGAUUUUAAUGAGUUCCUGGAGGCCUUCAGAGUAGUGCAUAAACUGGAUGUUAAAGAGCAACAGCAGGGUUAAUUCUGGAUCACAGACAACACAGAUUUACAAAUCUUUUUUGGCACUUCAACUUUUUAGUUUUUUUUUUUUUUGACAACUUACAGACUCCAAAUACAUCAUUUAUACACGAUUUUACAGGUUUCCAUUUCUUUCAUAAAGACUCCUCUCUCUAGAGUUCAGUCUGCAGAGUGAUCUUCAGCUUCAGUCUUACAUUUUCUCUGGACUUCAGCAGCCUCUUUUUUUUUUUUU